AUGCAUGAGAAAUUGAAUAUUGGGACAUCUUGGCUUGACCUCAGUGACCAAGAGCGAGAAAUAGCGCUGCAUCAGUACAAGGGUGACGAGGAGCAUGCGCUCAAAGAAAGAUGGUGCGCUUUAAGCGCUCAAGACCACAAACUUGCGCUAUCUUACAUCAAACACAUUGUCUUCUCAGGCGCGAUCGGUCCCUACACGUCGAAUAAAAAAACCAAAACCACAAUGUCCAAGAUUCCCAAGCUGUUAAGCACCUUUCCUGCCCUACGACAGUGCGAUCUCAUACUCUGGAAGGAGGAGUCUGAGGAUGGGAUCCGAGAUUAUCAAUUAUAUUUCAGGGAUCAAGAUGGCGCCGAUGACCAACAGGACAAUCAUGCCCAAAGGGAAAUUGACGUCGCACUGGCCGAUGGCUUGCGUGGGACAAUCGGCAGUCUCGAAAAUCUUAUGAAGAGUCGUGCUGUGUGUCUAAACCAAAAUAUCAACGAAUCGGUCGGACGACAAGUCGUAAUAAAAUUGUUUCUCCUGACGAUAAAAGUAGAGGUUUUGUUCCACGUCUUGACGAAGAAUUUAGGAAUUCAAGCAAAUACUUAG